AUUUUAUCGUUUUUAUUUUUUAAAAAAAAUUCUGUGGAAAAGCAGAUUGAGUCACAGGUUGUCUUAUAAUAAGUGGAGAUAUUGUAUACGUCGAUUCGGCGCGUCUGUAUGAGUGAAGAUGUGAAACACAACCGUCUGUCUAGACAACUCUACUCGUCAUCAAGAAGGAUGGCAACCAUGGGCAGACAGAACUUUGGACACUGGAGAUCUCUGGAUUAUGUGUUUGUUCUGAUCCUGUUCCUGCAGUGCUUUUCAGCAGCAACAACAACUACAAGAGCACCAACAACUGUAGCAGCAACAACAACAAUUGCAACAACUGCAGCAGCAGCAGCAACAACAACAACAACUGUAGCAACAACAGCAGCAGCAACAACAACAACAACAACUGUAGCAGCAACAACAACAAUUGCAACAACUGCAGCAGCAGCAGCAACAACAACAACAACUGUAGCAACAACAGCAGCAGCAACAACAACAACAACAACAACAACAACUGUAGCAGCAACAACAACAACAAUUGCAGCAACAACAAUAACAAAUGCAGCAACAACAACAACUGCAACAAAUGCAACUACAACAAAUGCAACUGCACAUAAUGCAACUGCACCAAAUGCAACUGCACCAAAUGCAACUGCCCCAAAUGCAACUGCCCCAAAUGCAACUGCCCCAAAUGCAACAGCACCAAAUGCAACUUCACCAAAUGCAACUGCACCAAAUACGACAACAACUGCACCAAAUGCAACAGCACCAAAUGCAACAGCACCAAAUGCAACUUCACCAAAUGCAACUGCACCAAAUACGACAACAACUGCACCAAAUGCAACAGCACCAAAUGCAACAGCACCAAAUGCAACUUCACCAAAUGCAACUGCACCAAAUACGACAACAACUGCACCAAAUGCAACUGCACCAAAUACAACAGCAACUGUUACGCCACCAACAAACACAACACCAGCAUUAACAACCACACCCGUACCCUGUAACUUUUCUGUAAGCUGUAAUCAAAAGUUUUACUGGAUGCUCAUAUACACGACAGAUCGAACCCUAAAUGUGGAUAAUGUCACAGAAUGGCUAAACAACCUAGACAAAUGUGUCGAAAAUGUUACUUUCUACAGCAACGCAAGUACAACUGGAAACCAACUCAGUAUGCUAAAAAACACAGAUGUCUCAUGUGAUGAGACAGUGUCAGUGUCAAAGACAUGUGAGGUUCUUCUAGAGCUGCGUGUACCUGCCAAUGUAUGCUGCAUUAGACAAGUUGUUUUGGCGACCAGCAACUCAUUUAAUGUCAAUGUUGUGGGAGAUAUAGAGGGGGUGGGUGUGUGUUUAAAUCCAAACACUUCAAGUGUAUAUCAGAUAUGCAAUCAGUCAGAAAUUCAGAAGAACUGUACUUUAAGUCCACCAACAACCGAACCACCUUGUAGUUGUACAUCAAACUGCAAUAGUUCAGAGGCCUAUUACAGUGUAACUCUGGAAAACGUGAGCAUGAACGCAUUGGAAUUGACGUCCUAUCUUCAUAAAUUGUUUGACGCAUCAUGCAACAAAAAAUCUGAGUGUAAAGUUUUACUAAAUUUUGUAAAUAUAUAUUCGGAUUUCAGAGUGGCUGGGUGUUCAGGUGAAACGUUACAGAGUUGUACUGUUAUAGUGAAACUACAAACAAACUUGACUGAUGCGUGUAGUUUUAAGAUCAGUAUAGAAGCCCUCAUUAAACAGCAGAAUGCCUACAUAAACAUCACUGAUGUGACCAGAGUAGCUAUGUGCUCUUGGAGCGGUAAUGAUCCUAUGGGACAAAAUAUUACUUUGAUGAAAAGUUCAACCAGCUUUAAUGAGUUCUGCAGCAGCAACAAUUCAAAGUCUCUUGUUAACUGCUCAAGUGGAGCUUUACUUCUGAAGGACAGCUGUACCUUCCAAACCACAGAAAUAGAUGUGGAUGGACUGUUGAAGAUGACUGCAAAUGCUUCAUCUUUAAACUCCAACCAAGUGGACUUGAUCAUAUCUCAGCUGGAGUUGCUCCUCUCUGGACCCAAUGUCAGUAUUGAUCUGGGAAACAAGUCAGUCGGUGUUGUGAACAACCUGCUCGAUGUUCCUGCAGAUGUAAUGUUUAACUUCUCCAAGAGGGCCAAUGGGCUUGUGGACACAGUGGGUCUUAAACUGGUUCUAUCAGGAGAGAGUGAGAAAUUAAUUACAUCAUCGCUGGCUCUGGCUGUGAAAAAAGUCAAUGGGACCAAUUUUGAGAUGACGUCCUUCUCCAUAAGUGACUCCUCCAACCUGCAGAUCCGUAGUAACUCCAAUAAAGAUGUUGUGGAUCAGAAUCAGUCCCCCUCUCUGGGUUCAAUCACUCUCCCAGCAUCCCUGACACAGAACCUCAGCCCACAGGACCAGCAGCUCGCAUCCAGAGUGCAGUUUAACUUCUACCAAAAGGACACCUUCUUCCAGGAUAAGGGACUUGAUGUACUUAACCAAAAACUGAUCAGUGGGAUUCUCAGUACCAGCGUUAGUAAUCUGAGCAUCUACAAUUUACCGAAGAAUGUGACGAUAACAUUUAAAAAUACACAGAACCCGAGCAUACUACCUAAAACAAAAAAACAAAAUGUCACAAUAUCUGUGAAAUGUGUAUUCUGGGACUUGGGCUUAAAUGGUGGUGCGGGCGGCUGGAAGUCUGAUGGGUGCCAUACGGUUAACUCAUCUGCUCUUGAAACACAGUGCAGCUGUAACCAUCUCACCAGCUUUGGUAUUCUGCUUGACAUUUCCAACACUACUUUAAGUCCGGAACAAAACACAAUCCUGACAUACAUAACCUAUAUCGGCUGUGGCAUUUCGUCUAUUUUCCUGUCAAUCACCCUGCUCACAUAUCUGGCGUUCGAAAAGCUCCGCAAAGAUAUCCCAUCUAAAAUCCUUAUUCACCUGUGUUUGGCCCUGCUGCUGCUGAACCUGGUGUUCCUAAUAGACCCGUGGCUGGCUCAGUACCAGGAUGUUAAUGGCCUUUGCAUCUCCACCGCUUUCUUUCUGCACUACUUCCUUCUAGCAUCCUUCACCUGGAUGGCCAUGGAGGCGGUACACAUGUAUCUGGCCAUUGUUAAAGUGUUCAACACCUAUGUCUCUCGCUUUAUGCUCAAGAUAGGAUUUGUUGGAUGGGGCAUUCCGCUUAUUGUAGUCAUAAUCGUCAUUGCUACUAACCACAUCGGCAAUAACUAUGGCUUGGUGUCAUAUGCAAAAUUUUUAGAUGGCACCACAGAUUAUUUUUGCUGGAUCACCAACGACAUUGUUUUCUAUGUUGCUGUGGUCGUAUACUUCUGCAUUGUCUUCCUGCUAAACUUCACCAUGUUUAUUGUGGUGUUGGUCCAGUUGUGUCGCAUAAAGAGACAGAAUCCUCAAAACGUGCAGAACCGCAGUUCCUGGCAGGAAUUGCGCAGUGUAGCCGGACUCACUGUGCUUCUGGGCAUCGCCUGGGGCUUUGCUUUCUUCGCUUGGGGCCCAGUUAACCUUGCCUUUAUGUAUCUGUUUGCCAUUUUCAACACAUUUCAAGGACUUUUCAUCUUUAUCUUUCACUGUGCAAUGAAAGAAAAUGUUAGACGACAAUGGAGAACAUACCUGUGUUGCGGAAAACUAAGGCUACCGGAACAUUCAGAUUGGAGUCACACACAAACUCAGAAGAUUAAAAAAACUACCAAGAAAAGACCUUCCUCAGCCCAGUCCAACAACUCCAGCUCGUCUUUCCUAAACAAUGACAGCGUUGCUGAUGCGCAUAUGGGUAUUGGUAACCCAUAUGAUGAUACGAUAAUAACAGCGUCUGAAGAGCACCGCUCAGAUGUGGUAUUGAACGAGAUCAGUAACCAGCACCUCAGGAAAAGAUCAUAUUGAAUAUACUGAUAGUAGCCACAAUCACUCUUACCUGCACAGGUGUAUCUGCAUGUGUGUAAAGUGUGAAUGAAGUAUGGUCUGACAUUAAGACACUGUUGCAUAUUGCAUUUUACCUCUACAUAAAGUAUUGUGUGUUGUACUAUAUUCAACAAAAAGCAUUUAUAUGAUUACUUCGAGGGGCGGUUUCCCGGACAGGGAUUAGACGUAAGAGCUGUCCAAACUGAAAACUGUUAUAUCUUAAAAUACAUCACUGCCCGUUAUUUUGCCUCAAAAUGCACACAAGUAAUGUUUUUAUUAAGGCAUGUUUGUUAAAACUAGUUAUAUUUCCUAAUUAAACUAAGGUCUAGUCCUGGCUAUCCAGGAAACCACCGCCGAAUGAAGCACUUUAAUCUGCGGAUUUAAAUAUGGCACUUAUCACUGCAACAAAAAACUUUGACAGACAUAUUAUUAAUAUAGGAAACUACAAGACACCAAAACACAUGGUUUAGGGCGGUAACCAUACCUUACUGUGUAUAAAAUGAAAUGAUUGAGUCUGGAAUACUCAAAUUAAACAUGUUGUCUUAUUUUAUUUUUGUAUAUUUUAAAAGUUUUUAUCAUGAGUGUAACAAAUAAAAAAAGAAAAAGUUG